ACAUUUUAUAGACAAAAAUGAUAAUGAGUGAAAAAUAAUGAAUUUUUGUGCUGCUAAUUUCUACAUGUUUUAUAAAAGAGACAGCCAAAGCUUGUUAGACCCUGUGUUAUUGAAGGGACUGGGUCGAAAAGUCAGUUUGGUUACUGGAUCUGAGAUGAAAGGAAGAGGUCAGGAACGCUGCUGCCACUCCCAAACACAGCAUGGUGGCAUUGCUAUGUGAAUAUGUGUGUGCAUAUCUAUGCAUGGGUGUGUGUGUUUAUCUGUGCGUGUAUAUUUGUUUGCAGAUUUUUAUGUUUUUAUUUGUAUUCCUACAGUAUCUAUGCUCUUAGUCAACCUCUUUGCUGUCAGUGUACGUGCAGCCUUUCCUCCUAUUUGUCCAGUACGCUGGCACAAUGUUUGUUGUGCAUCAGAGUAUUUGUCUUCCUGGUCCUUGGCAGUUUAGUGCACUACAUUUUUGUUCCUGUUCUUAAUCAACCUGCAGGGUGCACUGUUGCAGAAGGAUCCACCAGGGGUUUUACCCCGCUUGGACAGUGUCCCACAAUUACAAGUCCUGUAACUAAUUACAUCUACUCUUUCCAGUCUCAAUCAAGCUGAUGGAAUUCACAAAUAACAGAAUAAACUGUCAGACAAAUAGACAGUAAGGGAAAUUUGUAAUAUCUUUGUUAUUACAACCCAUGCAAUGACACAAACCACACCACAACAUAUAUACGUGUGAUACAAAAGUGACAAUAAAAGUGAUUUGACAAAUCUUAAAGACAGACAGAAAGAGACACAAAGAUUUAGUGGAAAAACAGCAUAAGACUUUCAUCAGUGGUGGAAGCAACUGUAGCACUACUAUUGUUUUCCCACCAAACAAGUGAGGCGACCCCCUGAACCAUGCCUUUGCCUCUCAAGGGAGAGAGGAGCUGUUCAACAUGUUUAGUCACUCUCAUAGGAAUUGCAAAAGUAGAACAUUGUCUUUACAAUUUACUUGGGAGUUUGUGUAACCUAAGCAAGUAACUUCCACUGCAAAAAAACCCCAAACCCAAAAAACCCAUUAGGGAGAAUUUUUAACUAUGGUGGAAAAAUGUAUAUGAAUAUGAUUCUGUAAUAAGAUACAGAAUCUCAAGGUCACCCAAAGCGUUUAAAAAUACCUCUGGAACCCCUCCAGGUUUAUGCAUAUAGAGCACAGACAUUAACAUUGUAACAGAGAUGGCGGGUGCACUAGUGGGACAUUUCCCGGUAUGUAUAGUGCUACCUUAAUAAUCAGAGGAAGAGCUAUUUUUCUGAGGUAUUGUUGCAUCCAAGACCUUUGAGACGCUGCAGGAGGAGAGAAUUGUGACUGUACAGUGGUCAAGCAGAGAAGUGGUGGCGUAGGUGGAAGUGGCUUGGACAAUAAGCGUCAGCCCACCCUUCCCAUAGUAAACUUGAUUUCCUGCUGCAUUUUUUUUUUUAAGACAGACCUUUAAAAUCUAUGAAUGGAGUUUUGUUUGUCUCUUUAAAGGUCAUUGACAAAUCCAGAAUAGCAGUCAAGUGGUAAGCGUAGCCAAUUAUUUAAAAACUCGCAUUCAUAUUUUUAUGUUUUUGGGUUUUUUCCUUGAUAAGUGUGCUUAAGAAAUAUAGGUCACUGAAGUGAGAUUCAUUCUCUUAAAAGGAAAUCUGGAACCUGGGUGAAAACUUCCUGUACUUUUUCAGUGACUGAAAUAACAAAGCUGGUAUUUUGCCAAAAGACAAACAAGACUGAUAAAAUGUGUUUUCUCAAAGGCUGUGGUGAUAACAAAAAUAUAUAUUUUGUUAUCAUAUUAAGAUAAUAGCUCCAAGGCACUUGGGAGGGAUGAUGCUAUGAUAAUCCCCUCAUAAACGGGCUAGACUAGCAGGAUGUGGAUUGGAAGAAUGCUUCUGAACAGGGAACCUUUGUUUUUAUUAAUCCCUCAGGGAAUUUUUAAGGUCAGCUAAGCUUGGCUGGAUUCCAUCACAGUCACAUGUGUCUGUUUGGGCCUGUGUGUUUGUAUGAUACAGAUGAGUCGUUUGACGUCUGCAGGCAUUUCAGUGAUGCAAUGAUUCUGCAUGCUGUGGCUUCAGGCAGCAAACUUUCUCCAAAAUCUUGCUCCCUGGCUAAUCGCUUGCUAAAAUGACAGCUGACAUUAAGAAUGAUCUUUCGAAGGCUCUAAUCGAUACUAAGCCGUUCAGCAUUAGAAUAUCAUUAGAGAAUCAAUAGUUUGUGCUGUUUUUAAGAAGGUGCUGGGCAAGGAGACAAAGUGGAACAUAAAGUGGGCUUGUCAUGAUUGAAUGUAGGGUGGAAGUUGUACAACAACAACAUGGUCAAUUUAAUACAAACAGUGGAUCAAUGGUUUCCAGCAGUGAUGAGCACAUUGAUCAGUAAAAUUACGGAGCGCUGCCCUAUGUUUCCAGUGUGCCUUUGUGCUCCACAUCUAUUUUUAGAGAGCCUAUGGCAGCAGAUGAAGGCACGGCAUCAGGGACCUAUUCAAAGUUAGAAAGUAAACUGACCUCAAGGUCAGUACACAAUAAGUGGAUGCUUUGAAAUUGCUUCGAAAUAGAGUUUUUCUCUUGUUGGGAUUGUGUUAUGGUUCAGUCAGUCUUUCACAUCUCAAGAUGGAGGUUUCACAGCAGAUGAAUGAAGAUUUUUCCUGAAAGCCUUUUUGCUUUUGAGAAUAUACAUUGAUUCAUCUCUCUCUUUGAAUAGUACCAUCUCUGUGUUUUUUAUGUUUGAUGUCUCUCAAAAAUGAGGAACUGGGCUGGGCUCCAUUUAACUGUGUUAUUCUUAGCGGCAUUGCCAAACUUUGCUGGCAAUGUUUCAAGAUUAAGCACCAAACAUGACUGCCUUUAAAUGCUUUUUCAUGUUAUUUGAUCCAACCUGUUAAGUGCAUUCUAUAUCACCCUGAAAGUACCACAGGAAAUACCACAGGACGCCAGACAGAGUAACCCAAUAAAAGCAAGAGCGCCCAAAUCAUUAGUGGGGAAACACGCUCACAUAACACAUCCAGAUGUACAGGCUAAUUGGAUUUUACCAUCAAAUCAACAGUUGUAGUGCCUUUGUGCUUUUAUGAGACUGACCGCAAGGUAAAGGGAAAAUGGGCUGUUUGAAGUGACAAAACUUUACCCAUGGCUUUUAGCAGGUAGGAUUGCUGAGCUUGGUAGCUAACGGAGCAUGCUGUGACUAGGGCAGAGAGAGCCAUGGCUUCACUCCCCAAAAUGGUCUAGGAACUCUUCCACACUUAGCAAUGGUGACUCAUGAAGGGCUGAUGUAAGUAAGAUGGCGGGCAUUGAGGUAAUUGGUGUGGAGAGUUAAUUUCCCUCCUGUGUCAGGGCUGCCCUCAGAGCUGUGGGGUGUCCACUAGAGAGAAGAAGCUCAGGGGAUGGAGGAGGGGGGCGGCAUGGUUACGUCAGAAGUUGCUGUUAGUAUACAGACCCUCUCUUGGGAGGGACAUCCCCUCUGACGGGAGAAAUCAGCACCUGACAAUGAUUACAUCCGCUGCAGUCCUCCCAAGGUGGCAUGAUGAAACUCUGCAUCCACACAGGUAGGCAGGAAGACGAGCAAUAAGCAGGAAGUCAGAGAAAUUAUUUUUUUUUAAAUCAAAACAGAUUCUACUAAACGUAUUGAUUACGGUAAUAUAAGAUUCACUCUGUGAUCCAUUUAUUUUACAAUAGACAACUCCCCCCUGGGAUACACGGGGGCUUUGAAGUUCAGAGAACACGGAACAACAAAACAUGGUUGACUCAUUCCCUCCCACACGGGGAUCAUCCGCUAUUAAGGGGAACAAACGUUUUCUAACCGGAUCAAAUUAGUUAUAAGGAGCAGUGUUUGUCCACCCAUUAUAUCUGUUGCAACACUUAAGUUCAGCUCCCUUCCUUCUCCAGUCUGCUUCCCUGCUGGGUUUCAUCAUGCACACUGUGUCACAAGGCAGCAGCGCUAUGGUGAUUAAGCCACAGAACUUGGGAGUUGAUUUGGAACUGGUACAGUAAUUGUGGUAAUGUGAGUAGGCUUAUUUGGUUGAAAAAUACAAGUCCCCAGGUUAUGACCAGGUUCUCUAAAUAGAACAGAAAGACUGAGGUAUCGUAGCGGGAAGUAGCUCUUUGUUUUUAUUUCUAGUACCAAUAGGUAAUUUAAAUGGACUUAGUUGGAGAAAACAACAUAAUGUUGAUGUGUGUAUGGAUGCGUGUGUAUGUGUGUAUGUAUAUUGACAUCCCUUGCUCUUUGAAACAGGCUAUAAUGGCCUUUCAUUUAAAUUUGGAAAGUGCUGGGGGCACUUCACUGGUCUGACCCACUUGUUCCCUCAUCUCUAAUAUUCCCCCACUCCAUGUCGGUGCUCUAAUGUCAAAACACACACACACACACACACAAAAUGACACACGCACACAUGAAGUUUGUGUUUGAUAAUGAGGGAGGUGACAGACAGUCAAGCCUCGGCCCCGGAGAGCAGAGCAGAGCGGCUCUCCAGCAGGGACGCUGACGUUCACACUUAAAUGCUUUAAUAGGACUAAAGUAGACAAAGGCCGCCAGUGACGCAGUAGGAGCUAUAAUGGGCUUGCCACAUUGCAGGUUUACUGGACCCUGCCUAUUGGACAGAGCUAUUUCCAAUCCCACAAUCCCUCAUCAGCCUCAGGAAGCUAGUUAUAAAUAAAAAGUGUAGGUUAAUCGCUGCUAACAUGUCCCACUGAAAUGUCUUUAUUUUUAGGAGCAGUAGGGCAGGUUGACCGAUGUUUUCCAACAUGAUACUGAGAACUGAUUAUUCACCUCUAUUCCUUGUAAAGGCGCAAAGAAAUUAGUGUCAUUCCUUGUCCUUACGUUACCCACAUUUAACCAAAAAAAUCAAUGUAUGCAGUGCAGAACAUUCUCUAAACAACCAAGUGAACAAGUGAAAAAAAAACCCAAUAAAUAACUCUAUUAUAAUAAUAUAAUUAAUAUAAUAAUAACUGAUAUGAAUGAUCAGAACUGAAUGGCAAAAAUAGUCCCUAUGUUUGCAGCAUUUUAUUGGGCAAUAGUGGAAAAUCACAGUAACAGGAACAUUGCAAAAUGUGUUUUGACCUACUCAUUCAAGGAUUUCACAGCAUGAUGACAUAUAAAUAGGGAUUCCUUUGUCACGAUAAUUGUCAUUCAUGUGACAGCCUUACUUCCCCUUUUGAUCAAUUAUGCCUCGGCCUAUGUUGAGGUCAGCCUACAGGGUCAGAGCUUUCCUGGUCUGACAGAUACUGUGACAGAUGGAGUUCUAGGUUUUUACGUUGGACUUGAAGGCUUGUUAUCUCUCACACCAUCCUUAUCCAGCUUGAAUGCCAAACUACCUCACGAAAACCAGGAGUUUGCUAAAUCUCUUAACACUAAAAUGUGUCACCAAAGGGAGAUUCGAGUAACCACUUUUAAAAUAGACUUUCCACGAUGUUCUAUGACUAUUUUAUAAAGUAAACAAAGAUGACAAAAAAGAUUAAGAUGUUUAAUUUGAGUUUUGAGAUAACCAAGAAGUGGGAAGGAAUUAAAAAUAAAUAUACGCAUAAUCCCCUAGUUGCCUCCUUUUCUAAAUAAUCAAGCUACUCAACAUAUAUCAUGCAUUAGCCUGAGAGUUGUUUUAUGUCUGGGGCGAGCCUGCAAGCUGUGCAUUUCCUUCUUGGCUUCUUCGCUGUGCUGUGAUAAAAGGAUUGAGGGGUUAAAUGUUUGUCCAGCUGAAACAACACAGUAAAACUCCUUCUCUGUGUCUCUGUAGCCGAGUCGUCAGAGCUCAGGACCUAAAAAUAGCUGCGCUGGCUCCACGCCCCUGGCUGGGGGACAGGUCAAAUUAUGAAGGAAGAUGAAAAAUUUAAAGGCACAGGCUGCUUGGCCACAAACCCAGCCCUGCAUCAGUGGUCAGAUAGAACAUUUGACUUGACUUUUAUGGGAUGGAGUCAGAUUAUAUUAACUACGGAUCUUGACUGGUUUGGGAUGUAAUAUUAAUUGAAAAAAUCCUACUGUAUAGCUACUUGAUGCUCAAAAUUCUGUCAUUUUUUUUAAACUCAUGUAUUCAUGUUUUUAAGACAUAUAUGCGUACUGCAGUGUUUUGUUUGUAUUUUUCUCAUAUCCCCCAUCAUACAGUAGCAAGUCUAUUUCAAUGAAGUGAGGUGUGUAAUCCUCUUCUUGUCCGGUCUGGUGUUCUUGACACAGUUUGGGAGGUUUAUGUAAUUGUGAUCAUACUGUUACGGCAUCUUACAGUUGGCUUCCUUGGCUUGCUGAAAGCAUGCUUCCUGAGUAGCAGCACUGCCCUGGAUACACACUGAACCCCACACAUACACUGAGCUAAUGCUGUGAGGUUACACUCGGAGUCUUAAAUGAACACAGUGUUCAUUUGGCGUCCCGCUUGACCUAACACAUCUUGUUGGGUAUUUGUCACACAUACAGAUUUUAACUAAAUGCUAUUGCAUUUGUGUUUGGUUGUGCACAGUUUCCCCAAAUACAUAUAUUUUUAUGUGUUGUGAAUCACAUGAAAGACAAGUCGCGGUUUUACAAAACCUUUAACAAAGACUGCACAGAGGGGAGGUUUACAUGUACCUCUUUUAGAUACAUCAAGGUAAAAAUGGAUCUUUCUGCUCGUGUACCUGAGAGAACAAAAUGAAGACAUAAAUAGAGAGACUGAGAGAGACUGGUUCAACAAAUCAGAAAAGAGAGAGAGAGAGAGAGGAAUCAAGCCUCCAUCUGCAGAGAGGGAGUCAGGAGACAUGCCUUCUGGCAGGAGCUGAAGAAGACAGCUGUGUUUGGUGUGGUAUUUUUAAACGCAUCAAUGCUGCUCCAAUCCCCGCGCCUCGCCUGACCUAUUUUUAGCCAGGGCUGGCCAUUGUUCUAUUUCUGUCACCUGUGGGCCACGCAGUUGUUGAUUCACAUGCAAAUGAAGCUUGCUCCCUCCCUGGCUGGCAUUACUGCCUCAGCGAGGUGCUCAGUACACAGUGCACGGCUUUCCUAGCAACUCAGCUUACAUUUUUCUCUGCUCAGACGCUUUUCCGAGAAGAGAAAAAGCUACAGACUGGAGAGAAAUAGGGAGAGAGGCAGAUAAGGAAAAAAAAAAAGAAGCUAGGUUUGCCAUCUUCUCCUAACACUGUGUUAGUGUUUGGACUAGACUGAAGCAGGGCACCGGGAGAGUGUGGCAGCCCUGCAGACAGAGUGUGCAGUUUGUGUUAUUGCUCUACAGUGAGAGUGGUUUCUCAGAGGAGGAGGCAGAGGAAGGGAGAGAGUUGCCUGUUGUCGUGGUCUCUCCCCUGAGUGGCUGAGGGGUGGCUCUUGGUGACAGGAAACGCAAGGCUUGCGAUGAGACCUGAGCGCUGAGUGGAGUAUGCUGCAGACGAUUUACGAGGGCGAGUCAAGUUUCUCCACAACAGAAGGGCGCGUUGGACACCAGCAGUUCCCCAACCAGAGCAAGAUGCACAACGUGAACAACUCAGUGGACAUUAAACCAGACGUGCCAUUGGCUGUGGAGCCCUUAUCUCCGCUGGACCUGCGCACAGAUCUGAGGAUGGUGGGGCCAGGCUCGGACCCAGGACUGUGGGAGAGGCAGCUGCAGCAGGAGCUGCUCCUCAUUCAGAAGCAGCAGCAGAUCCAGAAGCAGCUACUAAUCAGCGAGUUCCAGAAGCAGCAUGAGAAGUUGACCCGUCAGCACCAGGCUCAGCUCCAGGAGCACCUCAAGCUCCAGCAGGAGCUCCAGGCCAUGAAACAGCAGCAGGAACUCGCAGAGAAGGAGCGCCGUCUGGAGCAGCAGCAGCAGCAGCAGCAGCAGAACCAGCAGGAGAAGGAGCAGGAGAGGCAUCGGCGAGAGCAGCAUGUUUCCAGCCUGAGCCUCAGGGGCAAGGAGCGCUCCCGAGAGAGUCUCACAGGUGCAGUGGCCAGUACUGAGGUGAAGCAGAAACUCCAAGAGUUUCUGUUAAGCAAAUCAGCAAAGGACCCUGCCAGCAACGGAGUCAAUCACUCUUUCAUCCACCACCCAAAACUCUGGUACACGUCCUCUCACCAUACAUCUCUGGACCAAAGCUCUCCACCUCUGGGCGGCACAUCCCCCACCUGCCAGUAUACUCUGCCAUCACCCAUAGAGAGCAAGGACGACUUCCCCUUGAGGAAGACAGCCUCUGAGCCAAACCUGAAGGUACGAUCCAGACUGAAACAGAAGGUAGCAGAGAGGAGAAGCAGCCCAAUGCUCAAGAGAAGAGAGGGCAACAUCAUGACUCCUUACAAGAAGAGGGCCCUGGAGCUAAUGGACUCGACGCCCACUAACAGUGCCCCUGGCUCUGGCCCCAGCUCUCCCAUAGGGGCCUCCAGUGCCUUGGGGGCUGAAAAUGGACCCUCCUCUCUGCCUACUACCACAAAAACUGAGAGAUGGCCUUCACAGCCGAGAUUAUUCCGACCUGAGGGCUCCGUGUCGAUGCUGAGUUUAUACACAUCUCCCUCCUUACCUAACAUCUCCUUGGGGCUUUCAACUGCAUCCUCACCCAUCAGUGCCGCCAUGGGGUUGAAGGACAGAUCAACAGAAAUCAAGCAUGGGCUGCCUGGGCACCUCCUGGGUCCUGUGCCCCUGCAGACGGGCUUGGAGUCUAAAGUGAGCCCCAGUCACCAGGCUCUCCUUCAACACCUCCUCCAGAAGGAGCAGAUGAGGCAGCAGAAGAUGCUCUCCUCUGGCCCGAGCUCUAUGUCAUCCCACCCUCAGUCCCCUCUGGCCAUGAAGGAUCGCCCCUCCAGCAGUCGCCCUAAACUACCAAAACACCGGCCCUUGAACAGGACCCAGUCGGCGCCGCUGCCUCAGAACACACUGGCCCAACUUGUCAUCCAGCAGCAACACCAGCACUUCCUGGAGAAACAGAAACAGUACCAGCAGCAGAUCCAUAUAAAUAAGCUGUUAUCCAAGUCCAUUGAGCAGUUACGUCAGCCCAACGCACACCUGCAGGAAUCAGAGGAAGAGCAGGAGGAGCAACACAGAGAGCUGAUGGAGAGCAUGCAGGAGGACAGGCUGCCCCCUGGAGGAGUCAUCCGGAAGCACACGCUCAGCAGUAGCAGCAGCAGCGGCUCGAACGGCGAGCUGCCCGACGCUCACUACGGGGUCAUCAAGGUCAAGGAGGAGCCAGCUGAUAGUGAGGAUGAGGCUCUGACCAAUCAGAGCCUAGAGUCAGAGCAGAGCAGCUAUCUUCACCAGGUCAAAGGGAGGCUGGUGAUAAGAGCCAUGAUCUGAGAAAGGGAAGAGGAUGAGAUCACACACUCCAACAUUCGCAGAUAAACUAAUCUCUACAAACAUGUGCAUCUACAUCAGUUUACACACACACAAACACACACACACACACAUGCACACACACAGCAGCUAUUGCACAGUAGGCCGACUCUCCCUGUCACAGCAUUUGACCCUUUUCACUCAGCUGCAGCCUCACUCAUCCCACACUCUAAGACUCUCUGUUUGUGAUCUUUGUGUAGUGAUCUCUGUAAAUUAUGUAUGUUACACUUUUGUGUAUAUAAUAUGAAGACAAUUUAGACCGUUCUUUUUAAGAGCUGCUUUGGUCGUCGCAAGUCUGCUCAACUGACAAAAACUUAUAUGUACAUAUACUGUGGAUUUAGCAACAAAGAUGAUUUCUAGAGGAAAGGUUGAACAGGUGUACAGCUUUGAAGAGCCAACUUAUGUUCCCCGUAUGUACAUUCUUGCCACAGAAAUAUUUGAAUGCCCUUCUAUCCACUGAAAAUGAUCAUGAAGUCUUUACAGUGUGUUAAAGAAUUAAAAAAAACACUACAUACUCCGUUGCUCUGGAAAAUCUGUGAUGAUGUUCCAUGUUAAGUGGACUGAAAUAAUGAACAUCUGUCUUAGAGAGAAUGUAUACUUAAAUCCUAACAGAGGACGCUCCCAUAGGGCGGACUUUUGCGAAGGGAGUGAUAUUGCCAUUGGAAUAUGGUCCGCUGCUCAUAUUGCAAUUUAAAGGAUAAAGCACUAAAUCCCUGCUUGGGUGUGCAGGCAUCUCCCAACAUAUCCCGAGUCUCCAUGUCUCUUUCUCUCUCUCUCUCUCUCUCUCCCUCUCUCUCUCUCUCCCUCUCUCCCUCUCUCUCUCUCUCUCUCUCUCUCUCUCUCUCUCUCAGAGCAGUCCCAGAGCCAGGACCCUGUGUUAAGCCGAGCUCUCCUCCCUCUCUCCCUCUGGGUCCAAAUCAAAGCUCGGCCGGGUUCCUGCCCAGCUUUCAGCAGAGGAGUCAGACAGAGGGAAAGAGAGAGAGAGAGAGAGGGCCGGGCAGGAAAUGCCUUCUAGAAGCCAGGAGUUGGAGUGAUUCAUGUGUGCAGGAAUGUUGAGAGAGGAGGACCUAGGGUUGGAGGAGUCCAAGGGGCCAGGCUUGAGAAUUGAUUUACUGUCAAGGCGAAUUACAAAGUGAGUGGGGAUAUGGUUAAGGGAGUCCUUUAUAAAGGGAAUCGCUUCCUUCGUAUUCCCUAGUGGCAUGCUUACCUCAACAUGCAGGUUUGAUGUAACUUCAAUAAAAAACCCUGGACGGGACCUUGCUUCUUCUUCUUUCUUUUUUUUUUUUUUUUGUUUUUUUUUUUGUUUUUUUGAGCCUGUUUUCCCCUGAAAGUGCCCAUUGCGACAUGUAUAGUCUGUCUUAAAGUGAUCAAUCAAAUGUAUUGCAUAGCCGUAAACCUUCCUGUUUCAUUUGUACCGUCGACUAAAUGUAAAAAUGCUAGUACGAGAUUCUGUGUUUGGAUUCAUGUGAAAAUCAAAGCUGUCUGUCUUAUACUGUACAUUCAGAUUGUCCGGUUUUAAUGUUUUAGUGUAAGUAAACACAAUCAGAACAAUGUGAGUCUUGUUCUCUUGCUCCUUUGAUUUGGUUGUAACGAGAACCCCUUUGCUGC